UUUCUCAGUAACUAAUGUAAACAUACGGCAAGCUGUAGUAUAUACUAUAUACAUUAACGGCAUAACCAUAAUUAUUUUCGUAAUGGGCAAUUCAAAUGUGCCUCCGCAGUCUAGGUCAAGUCUACAACCGAGAAAGCAAAAUACUAGGAAUGGCAGAGGCCCAAGAAAUUACUCAGCAUUUUCACCCAAACAAAAAGCAGCCCUUAUGAAAAGAUAUCAAGCUUAUGAUCCAACAGACAAAGGAGUGGAUGGAAUUCCAAUAUAUGUUUGUUUAGCGAUGCCAGAAUUUGUUGGAAACAAACUUAUUGGAAUACUGAUUCAUGAUUUUGCCAACCCAAGAACUGGCAAGCUGCACCCUCAAGAGUUUCUCAAUUUCUGUUCAUUUUUGAGCCCAUCCACAAGCAUUGAAGAGAAGAAAAAAGUUUUAUUUGACUGUUUUAAUGUUUAUGAAACUGACUGCAUUUCCCAUGAUGAGCUAUACAGGCUAUAUAAAGUUUUUCUUGGGCACACCAUUAGUGAUGACCACAUCUUAGCCUUAACUUUUAAAGCACUGCAACAUCCAAGUUUGCGAAGACAGGGUGAAAUUCAUGAGGAUGAGUUUAUAGAGAUGGCACCAGACAAUGAAGUUGAACAGAGGUUAACUGUAUUUUUUAAUAUACCACCAGAGUGAAUGUGUUAUGUCUACAUUAUGUCAACUAAGUUCAUAUAACCAAUAUAUUAUGUAGGAAAGUAAGUUGCCUAGUUUUGAGUGUAACCAAAACUUGUGAUAUUUUUGGUGUCAAUAAAGUUUUCAGAUUGGAUUAAUAGAGACUUUUAAUUUAUGUAUGGUAGGCUCCUAAUGUAUUUUUAUGAAGUCAUAAGAAAUCUUAUAUGUCAAUGGAGAAUUCUAAUUUGAAAGUAACACAAAAAUGUUUUAACAAAUCUGUAGCAUCAGUACAUCUAUCCCAGUGAUGCCCAACCUAAUUUGACCUGCGGGCCAUUUUAACUUUCGACACGUGUUGCGGGCCACAUCAACAUAAUGGUAAAAUAUGAAAUCAAAGUUUACCUGAAUCCAUUUGAAACUAUUGGAUCUAGUUCUUACAUUAAUUAAUGGGAUAGUUAAAGUCUAUCAUUUUUACGCGUCUAAAAAAUUGUGCUUCAUUUCUACUUAAAAUGAGAGCAGCAUUGUAGCUACUUUUACCACCAACUAUUUUCUUGUCUCUUUUUGGUCAAACCUCUAGGCGUAGUUACAACCAAUCUUUUAUACGCGGCUCAAACCAAGAAGGCCGUCAUAUUUGUUUUAUAAUGCCACUGUAUUUGUUGUUGUUUUUUUAAACAUCCAGACUUUCUUUACAAUUAAACUAUGUUGGCUUAUUAUCAUGUUCCACAAAAAAAGAUCCAUUCACUUUUCCGGGUAUAUUCUACAUUCAGAGUUCCAUUUCACAAACUCAUACUCCUUAAAGGUCAUGGUACCAAUCCAUCAGAGAAACAAGUGAGGGUCCUAACAAAGGUAAAGAUAUAUUUUCAACUUUUUUUGAAGGGGGGGGGGGGAAUUUAUUACUUUUUUGUGCCGACUUUUCGGUGGGCCGGAUGCAACCACAUCGCGGGCCGGUUCUGGCCGCGGGCCGUACUUUGGGCAUCACUGAUCUAUCCUGAUUGGAACAAAACGCAAUGUCCUAUGACAAUUCAAAAUGAUGAAACAGAAAUAAACAUUUAGGUGUUAGUAUUCUGCAAGUUUCUUUUUCUAUAGAUUGUUUAGUAUUUACCCUAUUGCAUUUGUGACCAUCACUAUUGAUUUUUUGUCUGAUGUAAAAUGAAAAACCUUCAAGUGCCUAGUCAUUUUGUGCCCUUCAUUUUUGUUACAUAAUUGUUAAAAGUUGCCAAAGAUUAAAACAUUGUGUAGAAAAAUAA